AUGGCAGACUUGCUCUUUGGCGGGACCGAUGAGGAAAAUGAAGAGCUGAAGAAGCUCUAUGCGGAGGUGCUUGAAGACACCGACAGUUUCGAGGCAUGGGAGAAACUUGUGCGUGCGGCUGAGAGCCAAGAAGGCGGAAUCAAUCGCAAUUCAAGCCCCCAGGCCAUCACAGCUACAAGAACUGUAUACGACCGGUUCCUUGCCAAAUUUCCCCUGCUAUUUGGUUAUUGGAAGAAAUAUGCGGACCUAGAGUUUUCUAUCGCUGGUACCGAAGCUGCCGAAAUGGUAUAUGAACGCGGAGUGGCUAGCAUUACGAACUCAGUCGACCUAUGGACGAAUUACUGCACUUUCAAAGUUGAAACCUCACACGACACCGAUAUUAUUCGAGAGCUUCCUUUGCUCUUCGCACACUACAUCUUGGAUACUGUUCGGGAAUCCUUCUCCUAUAUUUUAAAUGCAUAUGCCAUGCUCUUUGAGAGAGGUGUCAGCUGCGUUGGUCUCGAUUUCUUGUCACAUUUGUUCUGGGACAAAUAUCUUGAGUUCGAAGAGCGCGUAGAAUGCCCUGAUAAGAUUUUUGCUGUGCUUGGUACGAUCAUCCAGAUACCAAUGCAUCAGUAUGCAAGGUAUUUUGAAAGAUACCGGCAACUCGCUCAAACUCGGCCUGUAAAUGAACUUGUUCCUCCUGAAACUCUGGCUCAAUUCCGAGCUGAGAUAGAAAAUGCGGCUGGUAAUGUCCCUCCUGGAUCAAGAAGCGAAGCCGAGGUCGAGAGAGACAUUCGACUCCGAGCUGAUGCCCAUUUUCUGGAGAUAUUUUCACGCACCCAAACUGAGACCACAAAACGAUGGACUUAUGAGUCUGAAAUCAAAAGGCCCUACUUCCACGUUACCGAACUCGAUGAAGAUUUUGAGGAAGCAGAGGGUUCCUUUGCUCGCGCCCAGUUCCUAUACGAGAGGUGUCUGGUGACGUGUGCACACUAUGACGAAUUCUGGAUGCGUUACGCAGCCUGGAUGUCUGGCCAAGAAGGAAAGGAGGAAGAAGUUAGGAUUAUCUACCAAAAGGCAUGUUCCCUCUAUGUGCCUAUAUCCAGACCGGCUAUCCGACUCCACUAUGCCUACUUUGAAGAAAUGGCUUCACGAGUCGAUAUUGCCAAGGAUAUUCACAAUGCAGUUCUGCUCGCUAUUCCCGGCCACAUUGAAACUAUAAUAUCGUUUGCGAACUUAUCACGUCGCCAUGGUGGAUUAGAUGCUGCAAUUGAGAUCUACAAAACCCAACUUGACUCCGCAGAGUGCGAUAUCCAGACAAAAGCAGCUCUUGUAGCAGAAUGGGCAAAACUCCUGUGGAGAGUCAAGGGUACAUCUGACGAGGCUCGCCAGGUGUUCCGCAAGAAUCAGCACUGGUAUCCUGACAGUCGUCCUUUCUGGACAAGCUAUCUUAUGUUUGAGCUGGAACAACCAACUAGUGCUGAAACUGAACCUGCACAAUAUCAACGCAUUAAACAGGUUAUCGAUGAUAUCCGCAAUAAAAGCACACUCCCAGCCGAGGCAGCCAAGGAACUUCUUCACCUUUACAUGGUUUAUUUGCUGGAGAGGGGCUCCAGCGAAGCGGCCAAAGAGUACAUGACCCUAAACCGCGAAGUGAAUGGACCACUAUCAGUUCAGUCGGUCAUGAAGACAUCUCUCUCAAAGGAGACACAAGACAAACUUGUGAUCAGCCAAAACAGCCCCAACUCUACGUUCAGAUCCGACAUGUCUGCCCCGGCACCUACAGCGUGA